AUGGACUGCGUCAUUGAUGCUAGUGGGACAUACGGUUGUCCAAAUUUUGCCGGUCCUGGCAAGUUACCAGCCAUCAACGAACGAACUUUACGUAUGACAGCGUCAUCACUCAUCAGCUACCGAGUACCCAAUGAGCGCGAUGAGUAUCUUGCCGGCAAACGAAUUCUUCUCAUAGGCAAAGGUCAUAGUGCGGCCACGUCGGCCGUGUUCUUAGGUCAACUUAAAAAGCGUUAUCCAGAAACACAACUAUUCUGGGUUAUUAAACAAUCGGUCGAUCAUUUACCUUAUUGUAGCAAUCCGAACGAUCCACUUGAACAACGGCGUCACCUCGCUGACGAAGCCAAUCGAAUCUAUGCUGAUGGUGUCACUUUUAAUGAGAUCUACACGAACACGGUUGUGACACAAUUCGUUCUUACAUCAUCUUCCACUGCCGUCGAUGUAACGCUAGAAGCCUCUUCUUCUCGACUUCUGCGCAACAUUGACUAUGUCAUUGUCAAUACUGGUUUGCAGCCCGAUCGCAGUCUCUAUGCAAAUUUGAACGUGCAUGAAUGUCCUCUCACAAAGGGUCCGAUAGCGUUGGCUGCCAAAUUAUUGUCAUCGAUUGUCAACGACUGUCUUCAGCAAAUAAGUCACGGGGCAAACAGCUUAAUGACAACGGAAAAUAAUUUUUUUAUCGUUGGUAAUAAGAGCUAUGGUACACAUACCAAUUUUCUCAUGAAGAUCGGCUUCGAACAAGUCGAUUUAGUUUUUCAACUUAUCAAUGCGAGCCGUAAAGUAUCGAUGGACGUUACAGAAAACUGUUCACCUGUGCAUGGUACAUGA